AUCUGUUCUUAUAAGCUUAAUCGCUUAUAUGGUUCUCAUUGAGAACCUGCGAUUAACUUUAAUAUUUUAGGGGGUCAAGGCAAUGGGGGCGCUUGCGCUCCCGCCGCGACAGCUUGGCAGGAGGCUUACACUACCUCUCUUGCCGAGCACCCCAGCCCAUGUGUACAAGAGCAGUGUGGCGCACUGGUACUCCAUCUCUAGAGCCCGCCACGAGCUUGGUUGGCAGCCAAUGCCGCACGACUUCUCUGAGGUGGUGGCAUCCUACAGCGCCUUCGCUGCUGCCACCGCUACUGCUACUGCCCCCAUGGCCACAAAGCGCCUUGGCACAGCCACCACAGCUGCUGCUGCCACCAGUGAGGCUGUGGCAGCCGUGGCUGCCAGGGCUGCAAGGUCUGCCACAGACACCCUGGCAGGUGGCAGCGGUGCCUGGCUGCUGCCUCCUAUCCAGCAAAUCGCAAUACCAGCGCUGCUGGUGCUAGUCAUGGCCAUGCUGCUUGCUGCUUUCCUUGCCACUGCAGCACCACCGCUCUCCUCUAAUUCCAGUGCUUGUUUUUAGGCGGUUGCCAGGCUGUGAUGGUGGGAAUGGUAUGUGGCAGCUGGCAUUGCUCCAACUGUGUGUGACUGCGUCAGGGUUGGCAAGCAAGCAAGGGUUCCACGCGUCAAAACACACAGCAGACCCGAAAGCUGACUGGUGUUGCAGACACACCCUGUGAUCGCCGAGGUGAUUCAUGACGCUAUUUAGCGGUGUGUGGCCGAGGGUGACAGUGAUGUGGGCGGGCGCGUGACUGCGGCUGCCUCAGACCAUUACCUAACUUACGGGGGAGGGUGAUGCUUUCUCCACACUUAAUUACAGGGGCUUGAAACUACUGAAUGACAAGGGACAAGAAAGGUGGCCAUUCCUCAAGGGAGAAGUGGGCUGCACUCACGCCACAUUGGUGCAAGUCUGAGGCCAAAGCCUAAAGGCUUU